AUGCCUGCCGAGAAGAAAAUGAAAGCUAAAGAGUUGAAGCGGAAAAAUGUGGUAGAAGCGUUGAAGCACAUGGAUGAAUUUCUAGUGAAUUACGCUCCAGAUGAGCAUCAAUAUGAAGUGCCUCUACGACUCGAACGCUUAGAAAAGCUAAAUGAAGCGUUCGAGAUGAUCCAGUCGGAAUACGAACAGCUAGAUGAUAGCGAGCAGUUUUUAAUUGCGAACAUGGAAUGUCGAGCAAAAAUAGAAGAGCAGUAUUUUCGCAUCAAAGCCAGCCUGAUCUCAAAGAUGCCCCAGCCAGUCCCCGUUCCUGUUGCGCAAACGUCAGCUUCAGAACCCCAGCUCAUCCCGUCCGGUCUAGCAAAGGUGAAAUUGCCAACGAUAACGCUGCCAGAAUUUGAUGGAGAUUUCAACAAUUGGCUGACGUUCCACGAUACGUUCGUUUCGAUGAUUCAUGCCUCAACAGAAAUUUCUUGUGUGCAGAAGUUCCAUUAUCUCCGUGCGGCCUUGAAGGGAGAGGCUGCCAAUCUGAUCCAGUCUAUUACCAUUACUGCAGCAAAUUAUUCGGUGGCAUGGGAUACCCUUGUCAAGCUCUAUUCCAAUAAGGCAAUACUACGCAAGAAGCACAUUCGAGCGCUUUUGAAAUACCCGAAGAUCCUGAACAGUAACGUCGAUGCUCUGCAUAAAAUCGUGGACGACUUUCAACGUCAUGUAAAGGUGCUGCAGCAAUUAGGCGAACCCGUUGAACAUUUCAGUUCUAUACUGAUAGAGCUUUUGGAAGAUAAGCUGGAUGACGCAUCAUUGCAGGCAUGGGAGGAAUCAGUGUCAUCGGAGGAACAACCCACGUACACUAAGUUGAUUGAAUUUUUGCUAAAGAGAACCCGUGUACUAGAGAACAUUCUCAUCAACCGUCCCCAACACGCCAACCCCAAGUCCGGUGGCCAGCAUUUAGGAAAUAAGAAACCCUUCCAGUUCCGCGUGAACACCAAUGCCAUGACCGAAGCUGCUCCGAAGAUGUUCCCGCCCUGUCCCGCUUGUGAAAGAGACAAACAUCCCAUGGUUGAAUGUCCUGUUUUUAACGGAUUAGACGUAAAAGGCCGUCUUAAAGUGCUUACCGAUAAAAAACUGUGCAGCAACUGCUUUCGAAGUGACCAUUUUGCCCGUACCUGUCGGUCCAAAUACCGUUGCAGGCACUGCCAUAAACGACAUCAUUCCAUGAUUCAUCCCGGUCCUUUCCGGUCUGCAGAAAACGACCCCGUUGCUGAUCGUGCACCGCCUGGCGCUUUUCAAAUUGCUACCGCUGUUGCUACCCCGUUUUCACCCGAUCCAGUUCAGUUAAAUGCUGCUGCAAAGGAAACUAGCGGAAACGUUAUCCUGUCGACCGUUGUUCUUUUAAUAGUUGAUGCCUACGGUCAGGAGCAUAUAGCCCGAGCCCUGUUGGAUACUGGAUCGCAACCUAACGCGAUCAGUGAGCAUUUAUGCCAGCAAUUGCAUCUUCCUCGAAAAAUUGUUAACGUGCCCAUUGCAGGCGUGGAUGGUAUAACAACCAAUUCAAAAUAUCAAAUCCGCGCUGAAAUCCGUUCCCGAGUUACCGGGUUCAAGGGCAUUCUUGAUUUCUUGGUCCUACGAAAAGUGACCAGUGACACACCUCCCAGAUCGUACACUGUUUCACAAUGGAAAAUUCCCGAUGGAAUACAACUCGCCGAUCCCGAGUUCAAUGUUAGUCGUAGGAUCGAUCUGAUUAUUGGUGCCGGUGAUUUCUACACGCAACUGUUGGAAGGUCGGCUACGAUUGGCUACUAACAAAUCCCUGUUAGUUGAGUCUGUGUUUGGUUGGAUAGUAACAGGCAAGACCACAAUACCCGCUGAAGAAGCCCAGCAAGCACCAGUAACUUGUCAUGUGGCGACAGUUACAUCAGUCGAGAAACUGCUCGAGCGUUUUUGGGCUGUAGAAGAAGUCAGUAAAACAAAUUAUUCGAUCACCGAGCAAGAGUGCGAAGACCUUUUUUCUGCCACGACAACCCGAGAUGCUACCGGAAGAUACAUCGUUCGAUUACCGAAGCAGUCUAAAUUCGAACAGCUGAUUGGAGGUUCGAAGUUCAACGCAUUACGACGUUUCAAGUGGCUGGAGCAGAAAUUAGAAAAGGACGCUGAUCUUAAGCAACAUUAUUGUGAUUUCAUGGCAGAAUAUAUUUCCCUGGAGCAUAUGCGUGCCAUUCCCGAGGACCAUUUGGACGGUCCCGAAGCGUUCUAUCUCCCGCAUCACCCUGUAAUCAAAACUUCCAGUACCACCACUAAAGUGCGAGUGGUGUUUGAUGGUUCCGCGAGAUCUAAAUCCGGACAUUCGCUUAACGACGCCCUGCUUGUUGGCCCGGUAGUGCAGGAUGAGCUACUAAGCAACAUUCUACGAUUUCGCAAAUUCCCGAUCGCGCUUGUAGCGGACAUCGAAAAAAUGUACCGCCAAGUUUUGAUACACCCAGUAGACCGCCGGCUGCAGCGGAUCUUUUGGCGAUUCAACAGUACGCAACCCAUUGGCACAUAUGAACUUUCGACGGUAACCUAUGGUCUCGCCCCCUCCUCGUUCUUGGCAACCCGAACCCUGCACCAACUGGUGAAUGAUGAAGGUAACCUGUUCCCCAAGGCUGGCCCAUCAGUCAAGAAAUGUAUGUACGUCGAUGAUUUCAUUGGUGGGGAACAUUCAGUAGAGCAGGCGAUCCAGCUACGCAACGAACUCAACGAGCUAUUGCAGAAGGGUGGCUUCUGUCUUCGUAAAUGGAACUCGAAUGACCCUAAAGCACUAGCUGACCUCCCACAAGAAUUGCUGGGAACAAAAACAUCCCACAAAUUUGAUUCGGAGGAAACAAUCAAGACGCUGGGAAUCAGUUGGGAACCGGCAAGCGACUUGUUCAGCUUCGACGUUGCUGUAAAUCUGCAUAGUGGCCCAGCAACUAAGCGCAGCGUACUUUCAACUAUCGCCCAGCUUUUCGACCCGUUAGGCCUGAUCGCUCCCGUAAUCGUCCAGGCAAAAAUCCUAUUGCAACAUUUAUGGCUCUUAUCUUUGAAAUGGGACGAGGAAGUAACGCCGGAAUUCCAAACGAAGUGGUCGACGUUCUGCCAAAAUCUCCCGGAUCUUCGUAGUUUUCGGAUCGAUCGUUUUGCCUUCCUGCCCCAGUUUUCUUCCGUUGAGCUACAUUGUUUUGCAGAUGCGUCAGAAGCAGCUUAUGGCGCAUGCAUAUAUGCUCGCUCCGAAUCUAGCGACGGCGAAGUUAAAAUCAGUUUAUUGGCAUCGAAAUCAAAGGUAGCUCCCCUUAAGCGAAUUACAAUUCCCCGCCUGGAACUAUGCGCGGCGCUGCUUAGUUCCUGUUUAUAUGAAAAAAUUAUCGCUGCGCUGGAAGUGAAUUUUAGCGCAGUUUACUUCUGGACCGAUUCAACUGUAGUCCUGCAGUGGUUGAAAGCGCCUCCUCGAACUUGGAAAACUUUCAUCGCAAAUAGAGUUUCAACCAUCCAGUCAACAACCCACGGUUCAACCUGGGCGCACGUAGCUGGCGCCGACAACCCCGCGGACAUGGUUUCUCGCGGUUUUCCUGCUGACGAGUUAGUCCUUAGCAAUAAAUGGAAGCAUGGACCUAGCUGGUUAUCCUUACCCAAAUCGAAAUGGCCUGUGCAGCAACCUGUUUUGGACCCGAACCCAGUAGAAGAAAUGGAAAUAAGACCUGUAGCAGUGUCAAUUGCGCAAGAAAAUACUCCCAACCCGUUAUUUCUACGAUUCUCGUCGUACCAGCGCCUUCUCAAUGUCGUCGGUUUCUGUUUACGAUUUGCCCGAAAUGCACGUGAACAAAAUCAAACCUACCGAGUUCGCGAACCGGUUCUCACUGUGGAAGAGUUGGAAACUGCAAAAUUUGUUUUAGUAAAAUUGGUUCAGGCCGAAUCAUUUCCCGAAGAAAUCAAAAAUUUGCGCAGAGGUAGCAGAGUAGCAACACGAUCUCACAUUCGUCUUCUCAGCCCGUUUCUGGAUGCACAAGGUAUAAUUCGCGUCGGUGGUCGGUUGUGCCUGUCCGACGAACCAUAUAGUGUGAAACAUCAAAUAGUUAUUCCCGGAUUCCACCCGUUUGCAAAGCUGCUAAUCAACUUUCAUCAUCGCAAAGUGUUACACGGCGGCAACAGUAUGACUUUGGCUGUCGUUAGGGAUGAAUUUUGGCCUUUGAAUGGAAGGAGAGCAGUGCACAAUGUCAUACGAAAUUGUUUCAGAUGCAGCAGAGCAAAUCCCCGUCCCAUACAACAACCCAUCGGACAGCUACCAGUUGGCCGAGUUACCGCUAGUGAAGCAUUCUGUCACACUGGUGUAGAUUACUGCGGACCCCUGUAUUUGAAACCUACCCUUCGCAGAGCAGCAGCAAGGAAAUGCUACGUAGCAGUAUUCGUUUGUCUUGCAACAAAAGCCGUUCACCUUGAGUUGGUGGGCGAUCUAUCAACAAACACCUUUCUCAUGGCCCUCGACCGUUUCAUUUGGAGGAGAAAUAAACCGUCGCACAUAUAUUCCGAUAAUGGUACUAAUUUCAUCGGAGCAAAGAACACCCUGCAUCAACUGUACAUCAUGCUUCAACCAGGACCGGAGCAAGAACGCAUAUCGAAACAUCUAGCUGAAGAUCACAUCCAAUGGCAUCUCAUUCCCCCCCGCUCCCCGAAUUUCGGUGGCCUUUGGGAGGCCGCUGUGAAGGUAGCCAAAAAGCAACUUAUUCGCCAGCUCGGAACCGCAACUCUAUCCUACGAAGAACUUACUACUGUAUUAACUGCUGUUGAAGGUUGCAUGAAUUCCCGCCCGCUCACGCCACUUUCAGAAGACCCCAACGACUUGUCUGCGCUGACUCCAGCGCACUUUCUGGUCAAAAACAUGAUUCGUCCGCUUCCCGAACCAGAUAUUAGAAACGUGCCUAUGAACCGGCUUAGCCAGUAUCAACGAGUUCAAGCUUAUUCACAACGAUUCUGGUACAGAUGGAGGAAUGAGUAUCUCAAGCAGCUUCAAACCCAGUACAGCAUUAAUCCCGAUCGUUACACUCUCGACGUCGGCUCGGUGGUAAUUCUCAAAGACGACUCGUUUCCACCAGCACGAUGGCCAUUGGCCAGAGUUCUAGCAAUCCAUCCUGUUCCUGACAACAUCACCCGAGUUGCUACACUACGAACAUCAGCCGGAAUAUUGAAGCGAUCUGUAUCGCGAAUUUGCCCGCUUCCUUGUGUCACCGAACAUCCCGUAACGAGCAAUGAUCCAGAAUAA